GUCUGGAAGCCCGCUUUCUGCCCCUCCAGUCAGGGGUAGGGGCAACACCGGACUUCCUAGCCGCCUUGCCCGCUCUUCGAGAAGAAAACGGGCGGGUCUGCAGGGAUCUGGACCCUGACCUGCGGUCACAACUUCAACAGCCAGUACACGCACCUGCGUAGGCGCAGGGUCACCAAGCCACCUGCGCGCACGCGCGAGCAGCCCUAUCCCGGCAGUUAGGCCGCGUCAUGUGAUGAGCUCGUCGCUCAGCCGUCACGUGACCCUCGUCCGCAGCCUCUGCUUUCCUCGGUGUGCGCCCCCUUCCGCCUGACGCGCCCCCGGCGGCGGCCGCGCAGCCCUGGCUCCUCGCGAGCUCGGGCGGCGGCUGCAGCGGGGCUAUGGCGAGCGGCGGUGGGGGUGGAAACACCGGCGCGGGUGGGGGCCCUGGGAUGGGCCUGAGCCUCGGCCUGGGCCUGGGUCUGGGCCUAGGCAUGGGUGAGGCCACCGGCGAGGCGGAGGAGGAGGCGGCCACGGCCGAGGCGGUGGGACGUCUGGCCACGACGCUGUGGCUGCGGCUCCGCGGCUGGGAGGCGGUGCUGGCGGCGGCGCAGCGGCUGCUGGUGUGGGAGAAGCCGCUGCACAGCCUGGUCACGGCGGCCGCGCUCAACGGCCUCUUCUGGUUGCUGUCUUCGUCGUCCCUCCGGCCCUUCUUCCUACUCAGCAUCUCACUUUUGGCCUAUUUUCUGCUGGAUCUCUGGCAGCCUCGCUUUUUCCCUGAUGUUUCAGCAUCUUCCCCAGAGGAGCCACACUCUGACAGUGAGGGUGCGGGGUCAGGAGCCCGGCCGCACCUGCUGAGUGUGCCUGAGUUGUGCAGAUACCUGGCUGAGAGCUGGCUCACCUUCCAGAUUCACCUGCAGGAGCUGCUCCAGUACAAGAGGCAGAAUCCAGCUCAGUUCUGUGCUCGAGUCUGCUCUGGCUGUGCUGUGCUGGCUGUGCUGGGACACUAUGUUCCAGGAAUUAUGAUUUCCUACAUUGUCUUGCUGAGUAUCCUGCUGUGGCCCCUGGUGGUUUAUCAUGAGCUAAUCCAGAGGAUGUACACUCGCCUCGAGCCCCUGCUCAUGCAGCUGGACUACAGCAUGAAGGCGGAAGCUGAUGCCCUGCAUCACAAACACGACAAGAGGAAGAGGCAAGGAAAGAACAUACCCCCAGGAGGUGAUGAACCACUGGCAGAGACAGAGAGUGAGAGCGAGGCAGAGCUGGCUGGCUUCUCCGCAGUGGUGGAUGUGAAGAAAACAGCACUGGCAUUGGCCAUUACAGACUCAGAGCUGUCAGAUGAGGAGGCUUCUAUCUUGGAGAGUGGUGGCUUCUCAGUAUCCCGGGCCACAACUCCACAACUGACUGAUGUCUCUGAGGAUUUGGACCAACAGAGCCUGCCAAGUGAGCCAGAGGAGGCCCUGAGCCGGGAGCUGGGAGAGGGAGAGGAGGCAGAGCUAGUGCCUCCUGAAGACCUACUGGGCCCUGCUCAGACCCUGUCAAGGCAAGCCCUGGACUUGGAGGAAGAAGAAGAAGAUGUGGCAGCUAAGGAAACCUUGCUUCGGCUCUCAUCCCCCCUUCAUUUUGUGAACACACACUUCAAUGGGGCAGGGUCCUCCCCAGAUGGAGUGAAGUGCUCCCCUGGAGGAUCAGUGGAGACGCUGAGCCCAGAGGCUGUGAGUGGUGACCUCAGUGCUCCACCCACCACCCUGUCACCCCCACUUUGCCUUGCUGACAGUGACCCAGUCCCCUCCUCCAUGUUCUCACCUCUUCCCCAGGACUUAGCCCAGCCCCUGCCUGCCCCUGAGGAAGAAGAGGCACUCACCACUGAGGACUUUGAGUUGCUGGAUCAGGGGGAGCUGGAGCAGCUGAAUGCAGAGCUGGGCUUGGGGCCAGAGACACCCCCAGAGCCCCCUGAUGCUCCACCCCUGGGUCCUGACACCCAUUCUCUGGUACAGUCAGACAGAGAGGCUCAGGCCAUGGCAGAGCCAUGAGCCAUGGGGGAAGGAGCUGCAGGCAUAGUCGGGCUUCCUGGCUGGGGGUCUCGCUGUUUCCUCCUUUCCGUACUACUACAGGGAGGGGCAAUGCGUGGGCAAGCUGGCUGUCAGACAGUAGCCAGUCUACCCUCUGCCUGCCUGCCUGCUGUCCUAGGCAUGGUGCAGUACCUGUGCCUGGGAUUGGUUUUAAGUUUGUAAAUAAUUUUGCAUUUGGGUUAGUGGAUGUGAACAGGGCUAGGGAAGUUCUUCCCGCAGCCUGCUCUUGCCUCCCUGCCUCAUCUCUAUUCUCAUUCCACUAUGCCCCAAGCCCUGGUGGUCUAGCCCUUUCUUUUUCCUCCUAUCCUCAGGGACCUGUGCUGCUCUGCCCUUGUGUCCCACUUGGUUAUUUAGUUCAGGCACUUUAUACGUUUUCUCUCCUGUCCCGUGUUCCUUUGCUUUAUUUCCCUGCCGUAUCCUGUCCUUAGCAGCUCAACCCCCACCCUUUGCCGGCCCCUCCUUCCUAGCGGGCACUGGCUAAGCUUUAGGGAGGUUCCUGGUCUAGGAGGUAAAGAGUAAACCUAGGGUGGUGGGUCAGGCCAGUAGUUACACUCUUAGGUCACGGUAGUCUGUGUAACCUCCACCCUUGCCCAGUUCAGCCCGGCCUUCCACAAGGCAGGAGGAGAGCAGGGACAGCACGUGCACCAGCCCUGGAUUGGUGAGCAUGUUCUCUGUCUUGUUGAGAUGGGGGAUGUCCUUAAUGUCCUAGGGAGAAAAGGAAACCUGCUCCUCUGGGCUAUGGAUGGUCCAAGUGUGGUAGGACCCCCACAGGGGUUAGGAAGCGGACAGUAACAUCUAUUCAGGUGUCAACUGGAAAAAUAAAGUGUUAAUUGGCUAGAACUGUUGCCUGCCUGCUUGCCUGCCUGCCUCGCCAUGAGCUGCCUCCCACACUGCGCUUUGUCCCCUCCUCACCCUUACCCUCUUCACCCCAGUUGUGUUCCCGGCUGUUUAUUUACCUUGGUGCAAAACAAGGCCAGAAGCAAGGAUUACCCAACAACCCUAACUUUCCCUUAGCCAUCUUCCCUGACAGUGUGAUAUGUUUAGUGAGAUUUAGCAUGUGUGAAUAAAGUGUAUGCAGGAGGAAA